UACAACGCAACAAUCAACCCACCCAAUCUAUUCGACAACAAAAUUGAUCAGGAUUGAAUUUUGAAUGUUUUGAUUCAAUUUUUUUCCAAGAAUCAUUUGAACCAAAGAAUUUGUACAAAAUGAUGAAUAGAAUGUUUGGUAAACCGAAAGAUAAGGUGCCACCACCAAAUCUUUCAGAUGUGAUUGCCAAUGUUGAUAGUCGUGCCGAAUCCAUCGAUAAAAAAAUACAAAAAUUGGAAGCUGAUCUAGUCAAAUACAAAGAUCAGAUGAAAAAAAUGCGAGAAGGUCCGGCCAAAAAUGCGAUAAAACAAAAAGCGAUGCACAUUUUGAAGCAAAGAAAAAUGUAUGAAAAUCAACGUGAACAGUUGAUGCAACAAUCAUUCAACAUGGAACAAACAAAUAUGGCAACACAAACGCUCAAAGAUACUCAAGUGACCGUAAAUGCAAUGAAAUUGGGCGUCAAAGAGAUGAAAAAAGAAUAUAAAAAGGUCAACAUUGAUCAGAUUGAAGACUUACAAGAUGAUCUAGCCGAUAUGAUGGAAGACGCUAAUGAAGUACAAGAAGCCUUAGGCCGUUCAUAUGGUAUGCCUGAUGUGGAUGAAGAUGAACUUGAAGCCGAACUAGAAGCAUUGAAUGAUGAGCUUGCAUUGGAUGAUACUUCUUAUCUAGAUGAAGUGUCCAACCUUAAAGUACCAUCUAAAGAACCGGGAGCUGAAAGUGUUAAUACUGAUGGUCAAUUGGUUGAUGAAUUUGGUUUGCCAAAAAUGACAGCUACAUAAAAUAUGCGUUUUCUUUCCGGUAUUACUUCAACCAAACAUUAACAUGGAUUGAGAUUUUGUUACUAUUCAUUUUUAACCCUUGUUUUCAAAAAAAUCAUUUUAAUAAAUUU